AUGCCGUCCAUAUUCGGCCCUGAAGACAUAGCGGCGCUUAUUGCAGCCUUCCCACCACCUCUACCGACGAAGGAUCAGCCCUCCCUGGUACGGAGUACCUCUGGAGACAAGCUCCUCGACUCUCGCCACGUCCAACAGCAGUUUCGAUCUCUCCUAGAAUCAGAGAACCAGCGGAUCAAACUUUCAGACUUGCCAGGACGACUCGGCGUCAAAGACUACACCUGGCUCCUCGAUGAUGAGCUGGUCCAUUACAGUAAGAACAGGUCUUCGAUCGUGCCUCAGUCGGAGAUCAAGAAGAUCACGGAGGAUCUCAGGGAGAGGGUGAAGACGGAGUUUGUCCUGCUGGAACGAUUUUCGAGCUCUGCUACCAUCUCGUAUGACUCGCUUUAUGUGCUGGCGAGACCGUUGCGUCUGAUUACGGGGGCUUCUGAGAGGCAUCAGAUGUAUGCUGGUAGCGAGGCACUUGUUGCGGAGACCGACGAGAAGAUCAAGCAGGCUGCAUCCGGAGCGGAAGUUGAAAAGGUCGAUCUGACUGCUCUUCUACCCGAUCUACCGUCGCCGGUCUUGCUGGAGCUGGCGAAGCGUGCAUUGGGUGGUGCAGAUGGACAAGUCGUCCAGGAGUCUGCAGGAUCCAAGGUCGCCUUCAUACCGGCAACGUAUGAGAAGCUCUCUCAGGACAAGCAAGCAGCAGAAUUUGAUGCCCGGGCAAAGGACUUGUUAACACUAUUGGAGACUGAUGGCUUCUAUGAAGGCCCAAGCGGAGAGUAUUCUGAAGGCGAUCAGGCACAGAUGUGGUGUGCUGAGCGUUAUCCUGACACUUCAUUCGUUAAGGUGCUGGUGGGAGACAAGCGUGUGGUCAUCCUCAAGCCAUCGCUGGAUCUGGCUUUGGAGGAGAUGAAGAUGUCAGCUGCUGAAGUCGUGAAAAAUGACUCCGCGAUGAAACACCGCACGCUCGACACGACAGUGCAGGAGGCCUUGAUUGAGAAGUCAAACAAUAGCCCUCUUGCUGAGCUCAUCCUAAGGGCAGAAUACAAGAAGCAGAUUGAGCGAGCUCUGCAAGACUCCAUACAGCAGCGCGAACGAUCGUCAUUCGAACAAUUGCUGCAGACAAGAGUCCUGGCACCUCUGCAGCUCUACAUUGUCGGCACCGAAAGUAUCAAAGACCCGGACCUCAGACAACGAAUCGACGACCGUGUGGCCGACCACUUCCGCAAAGACGUGCUCGAGACAUUCGACCAAGAUAUCCGUGAGAGAGGUCUAUUGAAGCAAGACAAUCGCCGUGCCAAAGACCUGGAUCGCACGCUCAAGUCCCGAGACCUGGCAAAGACACUGGUGGAGUUGAAUGCUAGCAUCCUCGCCUUCGCAAAGAAACAAAAGAUCUCGCAACCCGGUCAAGGCCAAGUCGCAGGCGUCAAGCGUGCCCAUCUUGAUCAGAAAGCUCAAGCCAUCUCCAAGAUGACCAGACCCUCGGAUCUGCUGCAGAACGUCAUCUGGAUCCUGCUUGCCUGCAAGAGUGACGGAUUGUUCAUGAGCUCGGGCAAGGACACGAGCAGGAUGAUCAAGCAGUAUCGCUUGGUAGGAGAUGGUGAGAUCGCGAGCAAGCUCGAAGGGUGGCGGGAUCUGUUGAAAAAGGAUGAGUGUGGUGAUGGGGAGAUGAGGGAGAUGCGGGAGACGGCUGUGACGGCGGUUGAUGAUAUUGAUUGGGAGGAUGCUGAUUGA